GUCGGAGGUUCUGUAGAUGUGACGUCAACGGUAGGAGUGACGUUUGCGCUGACGUAGCAGGUAUAUGGGCAGUUCUUGGAAUAAGAGACCUACUUGGCGGAAGACCAGAACUGUUUGGGCCACGAUUUUGGAUUCAGCUGAGUGUUUCCAUCGGGAGGUGGCCCCGAAUUCCCGUGCGCAGUCACCAGACGGUUAGGAUCUGCGCGUGGACGCCGGACUUACAGAUCAAUACAGCGUCGUCACUUGCAACGGACAGUCGAGUAUGAGCGUCGGACCCGUAGUAAGUUUCCGGCGACCGUCGUGUUUGGACGUGCACGCCUCUGGGCGUGAAACAUCGCAACAAACUUAGUUUUGAUAGCGACUAUCCGGAAACGGGUGGACCGCCAGGAAAUGAUCGUCCCUGCGCUUGUACUUAUUACUAUUUUACUUCAAGCGGUCACAUGUUCCAGUAUCAAGAUCAACUUCAGGGAAAAGGAAAAGGAGGUGCUUGAUCAGAUCUUAGGUCCAGGACGAUACGACGCCAGAAUCCGACCGUCGGGAGUAAACGGAACAGGGGGACCCACUGUAGUGGCGAUCAACAUCUUUCUACGCUCUAUCAGCAAAAUAGAUGAUUAUAAGAUGGAAUACAGCGUUCAACUCACCUUCAGGGAACAAUGGCUCGACGAAAGGCUCAAAUUCAACGAUUUUGGAGGAAAACUCAAGUAUCUCACCUUAACAGAAUCCAACAGAGUUUGGAUGCCCGAUCUCUUCUUUGCCAAUGAAAAAGAAGGACACACGCACAAUAUCAUCAUGCCGAACGUCUACAUAAGAAUUUUUCCAUAUGGAUCUGUUUUAUACAGUAUAAGAAUAUCCUUAACGCUUUCAUGUCCAAUGAAUCUCAAAUUAUAUCCUUUGGAUCGACAAACGUGUUCUUUAAGAAUGGCUAGUUAUGGUUGGACAACGAAUGACUUGGUGUUUCUUUGGAAAGAAGGGGAUCCUGUGCAAGUUGUUAAGAAUUUACACCUACCACGAUUCACAUUGGAAAAAUUUUUGACUGAUUACUGCAACAGUAAAACGAAUACAGGAGAAUACAGUUGUCUUAAAGUAGAUCUUCUCUUCAAACGUGAAUUCUCAUAUUACCUUAUCCAAAUUUACAUCCCUUGUUGCAUGUUGGUAAUCGUUUCUUGGGUAUCCUUCUGGUUGGAUCAAGGGGCUGUACCAGCUCGAGUAUCACUAGGAGUGACAACUCUUCUAACGAUGGCCACACAAACGUCAGGCAUAAACGCGUCAUUACCUCCGGUAUCCUACACGAAAGCAAUUGACGUUUGGACCGGUGUAUGUUUAACAUUUGUUUUUGGAGCAUUAUUAGAAUUCGCUUUGGUCAACUACGCAUCUAGAUCGGACAUGCAUCGUGAGAAUAUGAAGAAGCAAAGGAGGCAGUGCGAAUUGGAACACGCUGCGUCGAUGGACGCAACAUCAGACCUGAUAGACACUGACAGCAACGCCGCAUUUGCAAUGGUAAGGCUCUUUUCGCUCUGCACGGGAUCGGACAGGCGCAUUACGCAUUGUGUGUCCUUUCAGAAGCCUUUGGUACGACAUCCUGGCGAUCCGAUGAGCCUAGAGAAGGUCAGGCAGUGUGAGAUUCACAUGCAACAGGCGAGGCCAAAUUGUUGUAAGUCGUGGUUGUCAAAAUUCCCAACGAGAUCCAAACGGAUCGACGUGAUCUCGCGGAUAACGUUCCCAUUGGUGUUUGCCGUUUUUAACGUGAUUUACUGGUCGACGUAUUUAUUCCGGGAAGAUAGCGAAGAGUCGUAAAAAACUUUUGCGUGCCGCGCACUCACUGAACUUCUUGCUCAGAGGAUAUUUUUGAAAAAAAUUAACAAAACUAAAAAUAACUUAAAUAAAGACGGACGCAUAACUCAGUAGACAUCAUACUCUUACUAUAUAAAUAAGUCGUAUAAUACGCAAACGCUUAUACAGGGAGGUAUAAUUUACAACAACAACAUCAACAACAACAGCCGGAUGAAAAAAAGAUAUUGCCCCCGACAAAUAUCAGAUAUCAUAAGGGAACUCGUAGAUUUCACACGUCUGUUAGCGUAUAACCAUACAGACACUAAUGCACCACAAAAAUCUAACUAUGUACCCAAUCUUCCAGUUGCGGAAAGCGGCGAUUAUCGUCGGCCGACUUCAACCUGUAGCUGUUUUUAAGUGUCUUGUGUUGAGCGCAUGUUUUAACAACUAUGUACACAAAACUCACUCAUUUAUUAUUGGAGAUAAACCCCCUCCCCGACCGAUAAACGUUAAAAAAAAUCAUGCACAGUAUUAAGUGGUGCCAAUUGCGAGAAACAGAACAAUCACGUAUUUUCGACUGGUUGAGCUAGAAAUCGCUAUAUCAUAGGCAUUCAACCACAAGGAAAUAAUCACACUGCCAAAGGAACUGAGAAGAUUAAGAAGACGGACAAGUUUUAUUUUUGAGUUUUAAGCGGUUUUAUGGAAUUUGUGAUCUCCAAUACUAAAAGAGGACGUCAGUGCAGACUGUUUUUGAACGUUUGUCGUUUUUUCGUUACGUUGCUCUGUUGAAUUUUAUCUGUGUGAUCCUUAACGGUGAACCGCACAAUCAACAAGGUUGAUAAUAUUAGAGUUUUAAUACGACAUAAAUUACUUUCCAUCGUACAAGUAGGAAAUUGUGAUAUGUUUUUUAGGGUAUUUAUUGCGAUAUUACCGAUACCUAUUAUAUAAUUGAAAUAUGUAAAAUGAUAUAAAAUGAAAUAAAAAAAACUCGGAUAACUGUACAAUAGGACAUAUUAUAUUGUAAUAUUAAGGAUAUAUAAGUUUAUAACUUAUAUUGUUUAGCAUAUAGGUUUAAAAUACUAUCUUAAUAUUAAAUAAAUUGUUUUAAUUUUAA